CACGUUGCGCUACUGUAACGCCACUUGCCAGCAUGACCACUGGCGCCGCGGCCACAAGCAGAUGUGUAAGAAGAUACACCGCGGCGGCAACGCAGAGCAAUACCACGCCGACAAAAAAUACAAGGAGGCCGUCGCGGUCGCGGUCGAGGCGUGCGCCGAGGACGUGAAAGGCCAGACGUGCUACAUCUGCACGCAGGCCCUCCACUGGAAGACGAAGGAGGGUCUCGUGCGCAUGUGUGCGUGCCGCGGGACGGCGGGUUUCGCGCACGUGACGUGUCUGGCGGAGCAGGCGAAGAUUUUGGUCGCGGAGGCCGAGGAGAAUAAUUUGGGUUACAAGGUCUCGUUUGAGAGGUGGGGACGGUGGUCCGGCUGCAGCUUGUGCGAGCAAAAUUACCACGGCGUCGUGGCUGGCGCGCUUGGGUGGGCGUGCUGGAAGACGUACGCGGGCCGGCCGGACAGGAACUGGGUUCGGGGAACUGCGAUGAACGUGCUUGGGAGCGGUUUAUCCUCCGCACGCCACGACGAGGACGCGUUGACCGUGAGAGAGGCACUUUUGUCUAUGAUGCGGCGCUUUGGCGCAUCGGAAGAAGACGUGCUCGUCGUGCAGGGCAAUCUUGCGUGUUCGUAUAACAGACUUGGACGGCGUGAAGAGGCUCUACGGAUCGAACGAGACGUAUACUCCGGAUGGUUGAAGCUCAAUGGCGAAGAAAAUGGAAUGACCCUCGCAGCAGCCAACAACUACGCAGAUUCCCUUCUUCGUCUACAGCGCUUCGCAGAUGCCCUGUGGCUGUGGCGCAAAACGAUACCUGUGGCGCGGCGUGUUCUCGGAGAGGGCAAUGAGACCACGCUCACGAUGCGAUGUAAUUAUGCGCAGGCGCUCCUGAACCAGAGUUCCACGCUCGCCGAUCUCCGCGAGGCUGUGACGACGCUCGAGGACGCGAGGCGGAUCGCGCGGCGCGUGCUCGGUGGCGCGCACCCGAGAACAGUGGAGAUCGAGCGGUCCCUGCAAACCGCUGUCGAUGCGUCGACUCUCAAGACGCAGAUGGUUGCACGCGAAGCAGUAAUGGCAGCAGCCAUUGCGGACAUGAGAGUGUAUAAGGCGGAGAUUGCUGCAAACGAAGCGCAGAUUGCUGCAAACGAAGCCGCAAUCCGCGCCCUCGAGAUGUCGCCGCCGGGUGAUGCGUAA